CCUCCUUCCCCACUUUUGCUCCUAUGGAUCCGUUUGCGUUGCUGAUGCAGAGCGGUCCAGCCAAAGCAGCGACCGUCGCAGACCUCUUCGAUCCCAUCGCCCAGGCGACUGCUGCUGCCACUUCAAGCAAUGCUUCUGCCCCUGCUGCUGCGGCUGCGGCCCCUGCUGCGACGGCGGGCUCAGGAACCACAUCCGCCAAGCUCACGAGCAACCCGAUUGCCGCUCCGACCGCGCUGGCAUCGCCCGCCCCGAGCGCAGCAGCUGCCGCUGCACCUGCAGGGGUGUCUGUGAGUGGAGCUGCCACUCCGGUCGCGGCGGUCGCGGCAGACGCAGGGAACAGCGACGCCUACUCGCCAUUCACCGGCUCGUCCUUCAACUUCCCGGACUUUUUGGAGAAGAUGAAGCAGCCGUCGUCGUACGAGCUCGUCAAGUCGAUCAAAGUGUUCAUCACGAGCUUCCUUGAGCGCCCGUACAAUGCCGACGAGCAGACCGAGAUGGUCCAGCUGUUCAUGCAGAAUACCGCUCGCAAGCUCGUCGUUCACCCGCUCUGGAAGGGUGCCAGUCCCGAAGCGCUCGACAAUGCCAUUGAGGGCCUUGAAAAGUACCUCAUGCACAAGCUGUACGCAGCGGCGUUCAGCAACCCGACGUCGUCCGACGUCUACUUGGACGAGUGCCUGGACAUUCGCAUUCGCCGACUGAGCUUUCUCACGCCGGCGCACUUGGACAUCAAGCCGGGCCGGAUAACAGAUGCCAACCUUGGGCCCAUGAUGGCUGAAUUGCAACGCAUGAACUCGUACAAGGCCCCGCGCGACAAGCUCAUUUGCAUCCUCAACUGCUGCAAGACCAUUUACAACGUCCUGCAGAACGCCGAGGGCGCUGCUGCUGGCGCCGACGAGUUCCUUCCCAUUCUCAUCUAUGUCGUGUUGAGGGCCAACCCGGUCAAACUGCACUCUGAUCUCCAGUACAUUCAGCGAUUCCGCCAUCCCGACAAACUCACCUCGGAGCCCAUGUACUACUUUACCAACCUCGUGAGCGCGGUUGCGUUUAUUCAGCAGGUGACGUCUGCGCAGCUUUCAAUCGAUCCGGCCGUCUUUGAUGCCGAAAUGGCCAAGACGGCGCAUCUUGAGCCAAAGUCGCUGCCCCCAAAGCCCCGCGCUGCACCCACACCAGCACCAGCAGCCGCAGCUCCCGCUCCUUCUACCAACACUCUUUCCUCGAGCACGAGCGUUCUUCCGCUACAAUCCCAGCUGCAGCCGUCCGCCUCCGCGCCCGCCAUGACCGCCAUGCAGCAACAAAAGCGACCUGCUGCAGCAGCAGCUUCAACGACCGCGGCGUCGGCGUCGUCGUCCAGACCGAGCUCGCAGGCGGGCGCGUCAUCAUCCUUUGCAUCAGCAGGCCCCGCUGAUGGUCUCCAAAACGCACCCUCUGUGGACAUUGACAUGUUCCUUUCGGCAGAUUGCAAAGGCCCGCCCAACAAAAAGUUCCUCGUGACCAAGUUCGAUGCGCUCACCAUCGCCGAUCUGGUCGGCUUGUACAACGACUAUCGCCGCCUGGCGCGACAAAACCAAGAGCUUGCCCAGACUCUGUACCUGAACCUUGGCGUGCAACCUCCGACGCGCGAGCAGCCGCAGUAGUGAAUUGUUUUGUGUUUGGUGUUUUUGCAGUUUUUUUUUGGUCAGUGUUUGCGGAUGUUUUGGAUAUUUUUUCUUGUUCUCUUUGCUCUAUUUUGCUCUAUUUUGCGUUAAUUUGCUCAAAUGAACACACACAAUUUAAUGGUAGUCCCU